UUCUGUUUACAAACAAUUUUGAGUAUUUUGACAAAAAAAUUGACAAUUGACAAUCUUGCAUUGAAAAUUUAGAACUUAUUUAUUGUCUCUUAUUUGAUUUGAUUUUCACUCAGCACCGCUAACGAACGGUUUUUAUUAUUUUUACUACAAUGCAACCUCAAAACGAGCUUACGCGGAAUGCUAUAUUCCGCGCGCGUAAAGCGGAGCUGGAUUACUUCCAGAGGGCCUUGGACACACAAUGGCUAAACGAUCGAAUGGCCGACGGCCGCAUGGGUCGUUGCCUAGCCCUCAUAGAGAAAGAAGCUCAGAUGGAAAAGGACUUCCAAGAGAGAACUGAUCAUGCCGCAAUUGUAAAUGCUCGAGCUAAAAAAGAAGCAGACCUUGCCAGUGAAGUGGCUAAAGUCCGUCAUGAAGAAGCUACAGAACUGCUGCGUCGCCACUACCUGCGGGAGCGGGAUCCAGAGCUGCGGAUGCUGAUGAAGAAACUUCAAGCUGGUUAUGUGUGCCGAGAUGUGCGGCAACAGAUACUGCAUAAUGAAUAUAGGAAGGUGCAGGAAAAGGCUGAAGAAGACAGAGCCAAUUCCACCCUCCUAGCUGCGUUGGGCGAUGACCAGGAAGCCAAAAAGAAGGCACUGCAGAAGAUGCAGCAAACUGCAGCAUACUGCCAGGAGCUGCAGCAGCAGUUGGUGAACAGGCAGAGGCAGAAACAGUGUCAGUAUGAAGACGCGCUCAUUGAGCAGAAGAUGCUUGAUGAUGUCAUGAGGACCAUAUCUGAUGAGGACCAGAGGGAACUGAAACAGAAGCGAGAUCUCAUGGAGAAGACGCAACGCGAGAUGGUGACGUUCAAGGAAGCUCGUGAAGCGUGGCGAGCCAAGCAACGUGAGCUCGCUAUAAAGGAGGAGGAGGCCAUUGAAAGACAAAAGCAGGCCGACGCCGACCGCAGCGCUGGUAUCCGCGCAGAAAAAGAACGCCGCGACAGAAUCAAAGAGGAAAUAAACGCAAAAAUCUGCGCUCAAAUCAUGGCGGACGAGGCGGAGCGUCAAGAUCGCGACAACAUAAUCAAAGAGCUAGUAGAGCACGAAGCAGAAGAGAAACAGAUCGAGGACGACAUAGCGGCGGGUCGCAAGCAGGAGUACGUGAGGGCCAGCACCAUGACGGACCUCACGGCGCAGAUGGACCUUAAGAAGAAGGAGAUAGAGCUCGAGAAACAGAGGCAGAUCGAGUUUAGGAAGGAGUCAGAAGCCAAGCUAGCAGAUCAGGACGCGAAAGAGCACGAAAAAGAACGCGUAAAGAAAGAGAAGGCGCGUCAGUACUCGAUAGACCUGAAACAGCAGAUAGAGGACAACGCGAGAAGGAGGGAGAGCGAGCGACGUCUCGAGGACGCGAGGGCUAAAGCUGUCUUUGACUAUUACAAAGAUUGGAAAGCAGAAGUAUCGAAGGAGCGCGAGAAGAUCGUCUCGGAGCACGUGCCGCCCAUCCUCGGCUACAUCCAAGCGGGCGUGAUCGGGCGCGCGGACCUGCCGGCCGUGCGCGCCGGCGCCGCGCGCGCGGACCUGCCGGCCGUGCGCGCCGGUGCCGCGCGCGCGCCCGCGCCCGCGCCCGCCCUGGCCGCGCUGGACCUCGACGUGUUGGCGGCCGACAGCGGCCUCAACAGGCAUCCCAAGUGCAACGCGCAGUGCAGGGUGCUCAGGGAGUUUUAGAACCUCCCUUGUGCGUUAUUUUAGUCUUGACGACUGGUUUAUACAGAAUCCAAGGAUCCGUCUUAUAAAUACUACUUUGAUAACUUUAUUACUUUAGGUAGAAUGUUUAAAAAUGUGAUAUUUACUUGUACAAAUUUGAUUUACCAGUGUUUAUGACUUACCUCGUAUUAAAUGAAUAAUUGUGUAAAUCCAAGUUUUAUUCACAUGACUAUGUUGCUCAAUAUUUAACAUGCUGACUGAACCCUGGUAUUGUAAAUUCAUACAAAUACAAAUGAAUUCAUCAGAUACCUAUAAAAUCAAGUUUCUGGCCUGAAACAAACGCUACGUUUGUUGCUGCGACAUCAAAUCCUGAGGAUUAAUAUUUUUAAAUAUGAAUGAAAUAUAUUUUUCAACAAAUUA